CUUCACCAGCCAAUCAGAAGGCAUAGGGGGCGUGUCCAGCGAUUUUGUUACAAACACGAAUCCGGAGUGAGAGGCUUCUUUUUCGCAGGUCUUCGUGCCCUUGAGUAUGAGUUCAUGAUGAAGCGGCGUUUGGAUGAUCAGGAUACGGGUUUUGCGGCGCAGCAGCGCAGGCACCCGGGAGGCACCGAGGGCUUCCAGCACAGGGUUCUGGCUCCAGCACCACCCGUGCAUGAGGCUACUGUGACUGACAACGUGCAGCCCACCUCUGGCAUCCAGUACCCUGUACCCCAGAGCUACCAGGUUCCAGCUGUGGCUCAGAGCUCUGGAGGUCAUGGCCACACUCCAAACCCUGCAGCUCACAGCAGCUCCCAUCACCACAGCGCUACUGUCCAGCCACACGUCCCCGCACUGGUCCAGGGUCACAGUCACCCUCCCAAUCCCAGUGCUUCUGCACCGGGCCAGCAGCAGUUCCAGAGACUCAAGGUUGAGGAUGCUCUGUCUUACCUGGACCAAGUGAAGCUACAGUUUGGAAAUCAGCCACAGGUUUACAAUGACUUUCUAGACAUCAUGAAGGAGUUUAAGUCUCAGAGCAUCGACACUCCAGGUGUGAUCAGUCGCGUGUCGCAGCUCUAAGGCCACCCCGACCUCAUUAUGGGCUUCAACACCUUUCUUCCGCCUGGAUACAAAAUCGAGGUCCAGACCAAUGACCUGGUGAACGUCACCACCCCGGGGCAGAUCCACCACAUCACACCGCACGGGAUCUCGGUGCAGAACAUCCCCUCAACAACCCCAGCACAGCACCCGAGCCACCUGAGCACACAGGCCUCCAGUCCCUCCACACAGCCGUCGCAGAAAAACAAGCCGUUGCAGUCUCCAGCACUGACGCCCAGCAGUCAGCCCAAUCCGUCCAUCCCACCGUACGCCUCGCCCCGUUCCCCACCUCUCCACCCUCACACCCCCGUCAGCAGCACCCCCAACGGCCCUCCGCUACAGAACAACCAGCCUGUGGAGUUCAACCACGCCAUUAACUACGUCAACAAGAUCAAAAACCGCUUCCAGGGCCAACCAGACAUCUACAAAGCCUUUCUGGAGAUCCUGCACACAUACCAGAAGGAACAACGUAACGCUAAAGAGGCAGGAGGAAACUACACACCAGCCCUGACCGAGCAGGAGGUUUACGCUCAGGUGGCCCGGCUCUUCAAAAACCAGGAGGACCUGCUCUCGGAAUUUGGGCAGUUUUUGCCGGACGCCAGCAGCUCCAUGCUGCUGGGCAAGACGACGGCGGAGAAAGCUGAAUCUGUGCAGAACGAUCACGGAAGCACGGUGAAGAAACCACAGCUGAACAACAAGCAGAGGCCGAACCAGAACGGCUGUCAGAUCCGCAGACACUCCGGCUCGGCUGCAACCACACCGCCGGUAAAGAAAAAGCCCAAGUUACUGAAUCAGAAGGAGUCUUCUGUCUCAGAGACCAGCAAGCAUGGAGUCGGCACAGAGUCUCUCUUCUUCGAGAAGGUGCGGAAAGCUUUACGGAGUGCUGAGGUUUACGAUAACUUCCUGCGGUGCCUCGUCAUCUUUAACCAAGAAGUGAUCUCGCGCACUGAGCUUGUGCAACUGGUGCUACCUUUCUUGGGAAAGUUCCCCGAGUUGUUCAAUUGGUUCAAAAACUUCCUGGGCUACAAGGAGAUGUCCCACUUGGAGAGCUACCCCAAAGAGCGGGCGACGGAGGGCAUCGCCAUGGAGAUAGACUACGCCUCGUGCAAGAGGCUGGGCUUCAGUUACAGAGCACUGCCUAAGAGCUACCAGCAACCCAAAUGCACAGGAAGAUCCCCACUAUGUAAAGAGGUGCUGAAUGAUUUAUGGGUUUCGUUUCCUUCCUGGUCAGAGGACUCGACCUUUGUCAGCUCGAAGAAGACGCAGUAUGAGGAGCACAUCUACAGGUGUGAGGACGAGCGCUUCGAGUUGGACGUGGUUUUGGAGACCAACCUCGCCACUAUCCGUGUUCUGGAGUCGGUGCAGAAGAAGCUCUCGCGCAUGUCUGCUGAAGAGCAGGCCAAGUUCCGGCUGGACAACACGCUCGGCGGCACUUCUGAGGUCAUCCACCGCAAGGCCAUACACAGGAUAUACGGCGACAAAGCUCUGGACAUCAUUGACGGACUAAAGAAAAACCCUGCUGCCUCCGUCCCUAUUGUCCUGAAAAGGUUAAAGCUGAAGGAGGAUGAAUGGAGAGAAGCACAGCGGGGCUUCAACAAGAUCUGGCGCCAGCAGAACGAGAAAUACUAUCUCAAGUCUUUAGACCACCAAGGAAUCAACUUCAAGCAGAACGACACCAAGGUGCUCCGCUCAAAGACCCUCCUGAACGAGAUCGAGAGCAUUUACGACGAGCGCCAGGAACAAGCUCCGGAGGAGAACGGGACGCUGGCGAACGGCCCUCACCUGACCUUCACCUACGAGGACCGGCAGAUCUUAGAGGACGCCGCUGCCCUGAUUAUCCACCACGUGAAGAGACAAACCAGCAUCCAGAAAGAGGACAAGUACAAGAUCAAGCAGAUCAUCCACCACCUCGUCCCUGACAUGCUCUUCUCUCAGAGAGGCACGCUCUCGGACGCAGAGGAGGAAGAGGAGGACGAGGAGGACGCCGAGCACGACGAAGGAGGUCCCAAGAAGCACAACGGUGUAACCGGGAGUCCCAGCAAGUCCAAACUCCUGUUCACCAACACGCCGGCGCAGAAGCUGCGCUCUUGCGACGACGCCUACAACCUCUUCUUUGUCAACAACAACUGGUACAUCUUCCUGCGGCUGCACCAGACGCUGUGCACGCGUCUCCUGCGGCUGUACACCCAAGCCGAGCGCCAGAUCGAGGAGGAGCUGAAGGAGCGUGACUGGGAGAGGGAGGUGCUCGGUCUCAAACGAGACAAGAACGACAACCCCGCGGUCCAACUUCGCCUCAAGGAGCCCAUGGACAUAGAUGUCGAGGACUACUACUCCGCCUUCCUGGAGAUGGUGCGCAACUUGCUGGACGGGAACAUGGAGGCAUCCCAGUACGAGGACUCCCUGAGAGAGAUGUUCUCCAUACACGCCUACAUCGCUUUCACUAUGGACAAACUCAUCCAGAGUAUCGUCAGGCAGCUGCAGCAUAUCGUGAGCGAUGAGAUCUGCGUACAGGUAACAGAUCUGUAUCUGUCUGAGAGCAACAUCACUGCAACAGGCGGCUCGAUCUCCACACAGGCCACGAGAUCCACCGCCGAGUCCACCUACCAGCGCAAAGCCGAGCAGCUGAUGUCUGACGAGAACUGCUUUAAGCUCAUGUUUAUUAAAAGUCGAGGAAACGUGCAGCUGACAAUCGAGCUGUUGGACACGGAUGAGGAGAACUCUGAUGAACAAGGCGAUUCGGAGCGCUGGUCGGAUUAUGUGGGUCGAUAUCUUACUACCGAUGUGACUUCUCUGGAGCUGAGAGAACACCUGGCCCAAAAACCUGUUUUUCUUCCAAGAAAUCUGCGGCGAAUCCGUAAGUGUCAGCGAGGACGCGAUCAGCAGGAGAAGGACGCGAAAGACGGCGGAAAGAAGGAGAGCUCUGAGAACGUGAAGGUGGAGUGCAUGUUCAAGCUGAACUCCUACAAGAUGGUGUACGUGUUUAAGUCGGAGGAUUACAUGUACAGACGCACCGCACUGCUGCGAGCGCAUCAGUCGCACGAGCAUGUGAGCACGAGGCUGCACCAGCGUUUCCACACCUGGCUGGACGGGUGGGUGAAGGAGCACGUGAGCCGGGACGUGGCGGCCGAGACAACCAAGUGGCUGAUGGGAGAAGGGCGUGAAGGGCUCAUACCCUGCACGACGACCUGCAACCCCGAAACGCUCCACUUCAGGAACAUCAACAAGUACAGAGUGAAAUACAGCAGCAGCUACAAGACGCCGUGAGGCGGCCAGACAGGGUUCGGUGGACACGGGGAGGAGGUUUAGCACACAGGAGGAAACGGGCCUGGCCACAACUUUCUAAGGGCAACACGACGGCUCGUGUGAUGUCUCGAUCCUGAACAGAGAUCCUCACUGCCCCAGAGCGAGAUAUUGAACAGAUUAACGGGUUUUAAUGUGAAUCCUCAAAGCACAGAUUUAUUCCCCUCUCUAUUCUAGAUCCUGGUGAACAAUUGGGUUUUCAGAAGUGCACUUAACUUUGAGAAAGAAUAACACGUACAGAGUUCUCCAGCCAAAGCUGAGUGAUUCCAUACCAUCAGCAUUUAAUUUUCCCCUCUGGAACACCAAACAUUUCACAUUAAAACACAAAAGAAAGAGAUAAAAAAGGUCUCGGUGUUGAACGAGCGAACAAAACAUCGCCGUCGCUGUCGGCCGCCCUGACUGUAAACCUUAGAAAGUUGCUGACAAAGCCCAAUGCCAAUACACCAGCUAGAGCACACACACACACACACACACACACACGAGAAUUUACAUUGGACGCUCAACAGACAGAACAGUUUCCUAUUUGUAAAUAACUAGUGUAUAUAUCUAUCGCCAGACCCCUUUUUUCUUUUCCUUUUUUUUUAUUUUUUAUGAUUACUGUGGACGUUAGGAAGAGCGACGGCCGCGAAAGAAAACACACGACAAGUUUAUUACUGUUUUUACCAAAGGGAGUUGAUUAUAAUAGUUUUUUUUUUUUCUUUUCCUUCUUUUUGUGUUUUUCUUUCACCCCUUAACUUUCCCAAUUUAUAAUUUUUUUUAAAUAGUAAAGAAUUGUUCACAUUUUUUGUAAAAGUAGAAAUGUAUCCAGGUUCUUGUUUUUGAAACGUUUUUAUAUAAAAAAAAAAAAGUAAAAAAAAAACCCUAAACAUUUUAAUUUUUUUGGAUGUUCGGGCUCCUUUCAGCACACGUUAAUCACUGCCUGUUUGGAUACGCAUCUGUUUCUCUAGUCUGAACACUGAGGAAGCCGAAGCCGAGCGGUCAAUCUCACACUGUCCUCGGCUAACUGAGAAGCCCCGCGGAGCUCACGCGAGGUCUUCUCCAUCACCCUGGAUAGAUUUCUGCUGGAUAAGAAUAUAAAUAGAUAGAGGAAUAUAUAAAUAUAUACAUUUUAAAAAUUAAAGUCACAAACGCAUGUCUUUUUUUUGUUUUUUUUUCCUGUGAAUCAUCAUAGCCCCUUUAUUUCGAUAUUAUUUAAGAUAAUAAUAAAAGGACAUUUGUAGCAGA